CAGCCCUCAGGUGCAUGUGUUUGAUACGAAAUUUAACUAAACUAUCACGUCACAACAAAAGCUUACAUAGAAGCAGCAACAGGUUAUCAUCAUGGACUGGUAGCAAUGUACUUUACAAAUGUAGCGGCUCUAUGCUGCCAACGUCACGUGUGAUAUUCUUUUCGACAAAACACGAAGAUGCUGAAACGACCAAGAAAUCGGCUGACGCUCUUGUGAAUAAAUUGGCCAAUGCGGCGGGUCCCGGUGCGAGUGGAAAUAAGGACACAGAAAACGAUGAAGAGGGAAAACGGCGGGAAAAGUUUGCAAAGAACAUGAGAUGGACGUUUGCGUCAUUUGCUGUUAUGUUCAGCGGUCUUGGUGGGAUGAUUAUCGCUGUUUGGGGAGCACCAAAGAAGGAUGAAGAAGGACAUGAUAUCCAGGAUGAAUACAGUAACUUGUCAACAGCAAAGCAGUACUUGUUUAGAGCAUGGAGUGAGGCACGCUUUUAUGAAAAGAUGAUUCGGGAACCUUCCAGAGACAAGUUACUUCCAGAUCCACUCACCGAGCCAUACUACCAGCCAAAGUAUACCUUGGUGUUAGAGAUGACUGGUAUACUUGUCCAUCCUGACUGGACUUAUGGAACGGGGUGGCGCUUCAAGAAACGGCCAGGAAUUGACUAUUUUCUCCAGCAAGUGGGACCACCCUUGUUUGAAGUGGUCAUCUACACUCAGGAGCAAGGUUUUACAGCAUUUCCAAUCAUAGAUAGCUUGGAUCCACAAGGCUACAUAAUGUACAGGCUGUUUCGAGAUGCUACCCGCUACAUAAAAGGCCAUCACGUGAAGGAUCUGUCGUGUCUGAACCGUGACAUGUCCAAGGUGAUCGUUGUAGACUGGAAUAGUCAUGCAAUCAGCCUGCAGCCACGCAAUGCCCUGCAGCUGAAGAAAUGGGGCGGCAACGAUGACGACAGAACACUCUUUGAUCUUGGUGCAUUCCUGCGCACGAUCGCAGUUAGUGAGGUUGAAGAUGUGAGAGAAGUACUGGAUCACUAUAAGGAUGAGGAUGACCCUAUCGAGGCCUUUAAACGCAAUCAAAGGUUGCUGCAGGAACAACAGGCACAUCAAGCUCAACAAAUGGCAGAUGCUGAAAAGCAGAAGACAUUAACAAGUGGCUGGAGUCGUAAUUUCUUAGGUAGUAGGUAGUGUUGUUGUAGUAGGUAUGUGUGACAGCUUGUUGUGUAGAGAGACCAGAUUGCUACCACAUCCACUCUCAUCACCAGGGACAAAUUUUGUGAGCUGGUCAGUACUGAAUCACCCAUCUGGUUUUAUAGACGUGACAUGCUGAGACAUGUCAUAACUAGUGCACUUAUUUGGAAAACGGUUCAGUAGUAACAUUAAGGAAACGUUUUAGGUUUGGGAGCCGAGCAUAAACUAAACAUGAUCAACUGUGUCGCCCAUGCAAAAGUUGGAUGUCUGAGCUUGCCCAGCUUGCAAUAUCACUUGUUGCAAGCAUUUUUAUCUGUUCUAGUCCAUCCGUCUGUAUGAGUCACGAUGGUUGCAGUACUGGUGAUUAGGAUCCUGGUUAUUCAUCUAGAACUACUAACUAUUGUCCAUUGGUGUGUGAAGUCAUGCUCCUCUCUUAUUAGCUCAUCUGACAUAGUCAGAUGCAGCUUGUAGAAUCGCAUGAUCGUCUGUGCGUCCGUCCGUCCGUCCG